AUGGAGGGCUUCGAUACUAUGGCGAUGCCGCCAUAUUUGGCCAGUCCCUUGUCACUUGGGAAUUUGCAGAGUACCGACUAUCUCAAUGCCAUGUCUGGCCUGGAUCUACCGGAUCACCGGUCCAACUUCGAUUCCGAGACCUUUGUUAGUGAGGAUCUCGCUAACUUUGCGCCUCCUAAUUUGUCACAUCAACUGAGACGUUUCUCUUCCGCAUACGAUGACCCUUUCACCGAGAUGGUGGCGCCCUUUGACCCAGCGCCUCAGGAACAACCCCAGGACUCGUCGAUCGACCACAAUAACAAGCUGUUAAGCUUUUCGGUACCGAUAUAUCCCUUCACACUCCUGACCUAUUCCAUGCGCCAAAUCCAUUUAUCGGUGGCGGCACAGUUGCACGGGAUGUUCUUUCUCGCCGAGUCCCCCUACACAACAUCCCCUUCGGAAAAUGCCCCGCCACAACAAGGUGCCGAGUUGACGUGUUAUCGUCGCAAUCUGUUCCAAAUUACCGGUUCAGUAACUCUGCCCCGCGGGAUGCGCUAUAUCAUGACCGACCAAGGCGACCGAAUUCCCAUCCUCGCACAGGAACUCACCGUAUCAGCCACAGAAUCCGUGGAAGGAAACCCGGUGAAGAUUAUCUCGGUGCCAUGGAAGACCCCUUCGGCGGCUGCUGCUAAUUCUGGCACGGUACCCGAGGAGAAUAACCCUAGCACUGGCGCUAAGAUCGAGAAGGAGCCUCCCCCAAUUCCCUUGGACAUCAUGGCGGGUCAGGACAUGGAUUCAGACUACGCAACCUUCCCUAUCGCCUGGAAGCGUCUACAAUUCCGUGUCGCGACCGCCAACAACGGUCGCCGAAAGGAGCUACAACAACACUUCGUUGUUCGCCUCAAGGUGGUCGCGACUUUAUCCACUGGUGUGAAGAUCCCCAUCUCGGAGGUGCAGUCAGGCCCUGUCAUCGUUCGUGGUCGCAGCCCACGCAACUUCCAGUCACGCAAAGAUCUACCCCUUAGUGGGAGUGCUGCCGCGUCGCGCAAGAAUGCCCAGGCCAACUCCUCGAAUUCCGCUAUGAACCGCACACCGACAAGCGAUUCCGUCCCGCGUCGUGCCAGCGUGACUCCCGCCAAGACGAAGCCAGGCGCCCAGAGCAGCUCUCCUGAAACAACAUCCGUUCCCCCGCCGAGCAUUAUGCAGCAGACCAAAGCAACCCCGGAUUGGACCCCCAUCCCCCAGUCCGCAUCAAACAUUGUCAUGUCUCAUGCCCCCAAGUCCAUGUUCCGUCAUUCCAGCCCGGAGCAACUCUCUCAGGCCGACUCACAUCGCCGUAUCAGUUCCACAACAGCGGCCGCUGCACCGAUCAAUUUGUCGUUACUAGACGAGGAAGAAGGCAGUGACCCUAAUCUCCAUCUUGACCAGAAGAUGAUGCGCAAGCUCUCUCAUGCUGUCUCUCAAACCCCCUCGCGGAGCGUUGCUUCAUCCAUGCCGUUGCUAGAGACUGCCAACCUGCCCCAGUCAUUCGCAUCAUCGCUCCCCUUUCCGAACGAAAGCACUGAUCUUCUCUACGAAUACUUCCCCCUCGGCAUGGAUGACUGGCAAGCCCCUGUCGAUGCUGUCUACCGACCACAUGUAGUGCAUCAUACCAACAUGCCGGAGAUGAAAUUCGUGGCCUCUAGAGGCCGGAGCAAAAGGUACUUUGCCGCAGAAGACGUGUUCUAA